AUGGAGGUCAUAGAGGCAGAGGAAGAGGCCGUGGAGGCAACUUCUUUAGUAGAGGACAGUCCACUUACACACAAAAACCUUUUUUUGGGAGAGGAAAAUCGAAUCCAACAGGAUUCAAUGCUCACCAGAGCCCAUCAACGAACAACAAUCCUCUCAACCAGCAAUAGGGAAAGAUCAUCUAGUAUCACAGCUAGAUUAUCCAAUGAAUAUGCCAGAAAUGGAUCAGAACACAUCAGCAUCAGUCUCACAAAACCCGUCAAACUUAAUCUCGGUUACACAACAACACUACAACAUACCAACAGAUGGAAUUCCUCCAGGAGGACGAUUGAACAGAUUUCUAUCCGUCUGGAAGAAUGUCAUCAACCAACAAUGGCCAAUAAUGGUAGUGGAACAAGGUUACCAAAUACAAUGGACAUCGCCCCCCAUUGCUUGGAGAACCAAAACACUGUCAUUACCACCCGAAGAUCAGAAAGAAGUAGAUUUGGCGGUAGAGAAAUUCAAGAUCUCCGAUGUGAUAGAAAUAUCACCGACACAGAACGAGGAUUACCUAUCCCAAUUCUUUAUUGUCAGGGAAGCAACCAAAUGCAGACCCAUCCUGGACUGCAAGAGGAUCAACCAGUUUAUCCAGUGCUAUCACUUCAAGAUGGAAGGUGUACCUGCCCUGAGGGACAUAAUAGAGCCAGGAGACUUGAUGACCAAGAUAGAUCUAAAAGAUGCAUACAUUGUCGUACCAAUACACAAGGAAUCCAGACGAUUCCUCACGUUCAAGCACAAGAAUAUAGUUUACCAGUACAAAUCUCUACCGUUUGGAAUGAGUGUGGCCCCGAGAGUAUUCUCAAAGCUCAUGCGAUAUGUGAUGGAACCUCUUCAGAAGGAGGGAAUACGCCUGGUAUAUUACUUGGACGACAUUUGUAUUUUAGCAAAAACCAAGUCGGAGAUGGAGAAGCACUCAUCUCGAGUACUCCAGCAUCUAACAUCUCUAGGAUAUCUGAUCAACUGGCAGAAGAGUGUAUUAAUACCUUCGUACAAACAGGAAUUCCUAGGCUUUCAAUUCAACACCAAGGCUAUGGACAUCAAAGUUCCAAAGAAGAAAAUGAUAAACUUGAACGCCCGAGUCAAACAGGCAUUCACACAAGUGAGAUCGUGCCGAUGGAUUGCCAGCUUGAUAGGGAAAAUGACGGCCAUGAUUCCGGCAAUAGGGGAGUCACUGCUGCACGUCCGGUACAUGAAGAGAGAUUUAUCAAAAGCACUUCAAGCGAAAGCAACAAGAUGGGAAGCAAGCUGCCCUUUAUCUUUGGAAGCACAAAAGGAGUUGAACUGGUGGGUCGAAAACGCAGAAGCCACAAACGGAUUGCCAAUCAGAAAACCAAUACCACCACCACCAACACUCACAAUACACGUCGACGCAUCCGACUCGGGCUGGGGAGUCUCAUCCCAGAUGAUCCAAACAGCUGGAUAUUGGACAAGAGACGAAAAAGAAGAUUUGAUCAAUGUCAGGGAGCUGAAGACAAUCUUGAUUGCACUACAACUGCACGCAAGAAAAUCCGAAAACUCCAGCAUAAUGAUAUACUCGGACAACACAACAGCACUUGUGAAGUUUUAUAG